AUGAACUCCGGACUAGGGGGCUACGAUGGCAAUGUACACAUGCGAUCAGUUGAAUGUUUUCAGCCGGUGUUUGGUUGGCGGGCGACUGAGCGCAUUGCUGUUUCUGUCUCAGCUUGUUCCACCGGCCCUGUGGCUACUACAACCACUACAUUUGGUCUGAACUCCCCUACUCCUGACUCUCCUACAUCUCUCGAUUCUACCUCAGAUACUGCUAUGGUGAUUUCUUGGCGUCGAUCAUGCUGUCCGGCUAUUGUAACCUCCAAUACGAGUGCAGCUCCUGAAACCCUCUCAGGUCCAGUUACUACCCCGACAGAUUGUGUCACGAGCAUUCAGCCCUAUAGCCUAGGACCCAGUGGUAUAGAUAUCAUUGGCUUGCCUCCUGUACCGACAAAACCGAUUUUAUCUGAACGAAAGGACACGAAGUCGAGAACAAACGCUCCGACCGUACUCUCCGCCUUCAAUAUAGCCAACAACUCAAUAGCAGCAGCAACGACCACUACCACUGCUAGUCAAAUCAAUGCUUGGUCAGAUGGGGUCCAUAGUGUACAAACAAAUCAGCUCUAUGAUGACCAUCGUAGGCGCGGCAAAAAUGGCAACCUCCCCUAUUUUCAAUCUUUAUGUCCCAAUCCACCUGAAUCUGGAGAGAAGACCACUGAACGCGAAUGCUCUUCUAUUUCCGAUACCAGCUCCUGUGCCAUCGAUUCAAUGCAGCUGCCCGAAAAUCAACUUGGUUCUUCCUUUUCCUAUGGUCAAGCUCUUCCAGACGUCCAAUCCAUUCUUAGAUCGGCACCUGAGGAUAUAUCGGCCAUGAAACAUGCUGAACAGACCAGAUUUUGCCCACCUCAUCAAGCUUCUUUACUCCCGGUGCCCUUCGUUGCAUCUCCGGUGCCUUCAAAGUCUCUGAAUUUUGUUGCGUUACCGUUCUCUCUUGACCAAUUCUCAACAAACAUGCUAUCUGCUCAGGCAAACGGGACAAACUCAUCGCUUCAUGGAGCCACAUGCACUCUUUUGAUUCAGCAGAAUCGCAUUGUUGAAGCUCAGCUAUCCGAUGUAAUAAACCAUGCUUGCAACGACAAGGAAGACAGUAAUAUAUUCGGUCCCUUUAUUCAUCCUGUAAUACAAGCUACUUGUAAAACCUGGGAAGCAGCUUCUUGA